AUGACCACCGAUUUCAUCUCGGCGUCCCAGGCCCAGGACUUGGACUAUGUUAUCGUCGGUGGAGGCACGGCCGGUUGCGUGAUUGCAAGCAGACUCUCCGAGUACCUCCCAAGCAAAAAGAUCCUCCUGAUCGAGGCCGGCCCCAGCGACUUUAACAACGAGAAGGUGCUGCAGCUGAAGGAGUGGCUUACGCUUCUAGGAGGUGAACUCGACUACGACUAUGGGACGGUAGAGCAGCCAAUGGGAAACUCCCACAUCAGACACUCCCGGGCCAAAGUGCUCGGAGGCUGCUCCUCUCACAACACUCUCAUCUCCUUCCGCCCUUUCAAAUAUGACCUCGACGUCUGGCAGUCGCUGGGCUGCAAAGGCUGGGACUUCAAGACCAUGAUGCGUCUCAUCGACAACCUGCGCAACCAGAUCCAGCCUGUCCACCCGCGCCACCGCAACCAAGUCUGCAAGGACUGGAUCGAGUCGUGUUCGACGGCCCUCGAUAUCCCUGUCAUCCGCGACUUCAAUGAGGAGAUCCGCGAGACGGGCAGCCUGCAGCAAGGCGUCGGAUUCUUCAGCAUCGCAUACAACCCCGACGACGGCCGCCGAAGCUCGGCGUCGGUAGCCUACAUCCACCCUAUCCUGCGCGGCCAGGAGAAGCGCCCCAACCUGACCGUUCUGACCAAUGCCUGGGUCAGCAAGGUCAAUCUCUCCGGCAAGACCGUCACGGGCGUGAACAUUACCCUCAAGACAGGCGAGAAGUACACCCUGUCUCCGCGUACCGAAACCAUCAUCUGCGCCGGCGCAGUCGACACCUGCCGGCUCCUCCUCCUCUCGGGAAUCGGCCCCGAGAAGCAACUCUCCGACCUCUCCAUCCCCGUGCUUCACAACCUCCCGGGCGUAGGCGAGAAUCUGAUCGACCACCCUGAGAGUAUCAUAAUGUGGGAGCUCAACGCGGCCGUCCCGCCGCAGACAACCAUGGAUUCGGACGCCGGCAUCUUCCUGCGCCGCGAGAUCAAGGACGCCGCCGUCAACAACACCGAUCCCGCCCUCAACCCCAAGCGGAUCCCCGACGGCACGAUUGCGGACAUCAUGAUGCACUGCUACCAGAUCCCGUUCUGUCUCAACACAGCGCGACUCGGGUAUGAGGCGCCGCUAAACGCGUUCUGCAUGACGCCCAACAUCCCGCGCCCGAGAUCCCGCGGACGCAUCUACCUGACCUCCGCGGACCCGAGCGUGAAGCCCGCCCUCGAUUUCCGCUACUUCACCGAUCCGGAGGGCUACGACGCCGCGACUAUCGUUGCCGGCCUAAAAGCCGCCCGCGAAGUCGCCAAGCAGGAGCCUUUCUCGAAGUGGCUCACUAAGGAGGUUGCGCCCGGCCCGAAGGUGCAGACCGACGAGGAGCUGUCCGAGUACGGACGACGGGUGGCACACACGGUAUACCACCCUGCCGGGACGACGAAGAUGGGAGCGUCCAAUGACGAAAUGGCUGUCGUGGACCCGGAACUGAGGAUUAGAGGGUUGAAGGGUGUCCGGAUCGCAGACGCGGGCGUUUUCCCGACUAUGCCUACAAUCAACCCCAUGCUGACCGUCCUUGCCAUCGGCGAGAGAGCGGCGGAGAUGAUUGCGUUCGAGGCCGGGUGGAGGGGAGACAGCAAGGCGCGGCUCGUUCUCUUCCUUCCCUAUUCAGCGGCAGCGCCGUUCGUCGGUGAAGCGCCAAUCCCCGCGGCCAUCCGGCCGGCGAACUUCGAAUCAUACCCAGCUUCGUAUGUCCCCUUCACUGGAUAUCCAGUUCCCAGUCCGGGCCCCGAAGGACGAGCUCGACUCGUAAUCGUCCAGGUAGAUCGUCGUUCGGCGGUCCUCUUCCGACAGCAGCUCCUUGACUUCCCAGUUGCUAUGCUUCGUGCCGACCGAGAACUCGAGAUCUUCGCGGGUGAUGGAGUCCCAGUACUGUUGUUGUCUCACCAGCAGAUUGCAGAUCGUCGCAAAGAACAGCCCAUCCACGUAAUGCUUGACAGCCUCGCAAAUCUUGUUGCUGAACACAUACAGGAUGACCUGCCCGGUCAUGAGGAACAUGGCCCCGAAGAACAAGUCUCCGAGCGGCCAGCGAUCCUCCAGCGUGUUGACCACCAGGAUGACCUGCAUAACCCCGUAGACCACGAUCGCGAUGCCCGAGACGAGGUACAGCACGAUGAACAUGGCGAGGGUGCGGGUCGGGCCAAGGCCGGCCCAGGAUUUGAAGGUCGCGAGCGAGACGAGGCUGACGGAGACGCCGGUGCCGUCCUCGUAGAGCUGGAAGCCGACGAAGCCGUUCACGAGGAGGCAGAUGGUGAGGGCAGACGUGAGGCCGUUCUGCACCGCCACGACGUAAGGGUAGACCGCGUUUCCCGGGGGCACGACGCCGGAAUCGAGGAUGAGGGAGGCGAAGGUCAGCAUCAUGUAGAUGUAGAAGAAGGAGAUGAUUUCCUUGCGGCCUGGUCGAUUCCCACCGUUAGCACCACCCCGACCCAUCCGCCUCUGCAUCAUGAUCACCGUCAUGACCAUGGCAGCGAUAUGCAUGAUCGACGUCGCUGUCUGGAAUAUGAUCGUGUUCGCCAGCUCGAUGUUGCGCGCGUAGCAGUCGGCCUCGAUCCCGUGCGAGCCUACGAUGUGCGUAAUGGCGCCGACGACGGGGCAGAGCGGUAUAGGCGCAUUCUCGCACAGCGUCUGAAAGUCCCCGAAGCCCAUCGUGGAGAUGGCGUCCGCUCGCCCGGCCUGUAG